AUGGAUACGCAAGGACUCGCUAACAGACACUACGUUUGGGAAACAGUUCAAUUUUAUUUUGUUGCGAAUUUAGUUACAUACUCAUUAUUAAAAUGGACGACAUUGGAAGUUUAGAAGUCAGGUGGAUACAAGGCUUUACAAACAAGAGUAUCGACUUUGUGGACAAUAAAACAGUAUGUUACAUAUGUGGGAGUCAUAUCUGUUUCGUGAACAUGGAGACAAAAACUCAAAGUGUGUUUCAGACUCCUUGCAGAGGCGUUGGUGCAUUGACAGCAAUCAGCAAGAGUCGGAUGUUUGCUUUCUCUGAGCAAAAACUAUCCCCCUCUAUAUUUGUGUACAAUUUCCCCGAGCUUCAGCUGAAGAAUGAGCUAAAAGGAACAGCCCAACUGGACUACACAUCUCUGGCAUUAUGUGAUGGUGGUCCUUAUUUGGCCUGUUGCUCUGCUCUUCCUGACCACACCAUUACAGUCUGGAACUGGGAAAAUGCUGAAUCACUUUGUACACAACCACAACCUGGAAAAGAUGUCAUUUCUUUGGUUUUCAACCCCUUGAACUGGCACCAGCUUUGUGCUUUAGGUGCUACCUCCCUCACUGUCUGGAAUAUAGAGAAGAGUGCCAGCUUUCAUGUCCUGAAACCAAGUGUGAUAGAGCUUCCAGCAAAAGAUGGCUCCAUUGGUGAGAGACUGUCACCCACCCUUCAUAUGACUAAACUUUGUACCAGAGCCAGACUGACUCCUUCUGCCAUCUGCUGGACAGCCACAUCAGAGCUUUAUGUGGGCUGUGUGGAGGGCUUUCUGCUCCUUGUUGAACCAGAAAGCCUUUCUGUCUCAGUUCUCUUCAACCCCACAACUGCUAAUGCCAUCCCUGAACUCCAGGAGAGCAGCUUUCAAAGCCUAACCUUUAAUAAGAACAAUCUGAUCGCUGCAGGGAAGGAAAGUAGAGUGCACUGUCUGCAGAUCAAAGGAGCUCAGAUCAACAUUACACGAACAUGGCAACUGGAAAGACCUGUCACCACUGUGAUGUACUUCCCUGGUCAGGAGACAUUACUUUUAUCUUCUAAAUCAGGGCAGAUUUAUAAGCUGAACUCAGCCCAGUCAGACGAGAUUGUGAAGGUCCUGGAUGUUCUCAGUGGCAACUUUGUGUCAGCAACUUUGUUGCACACUAACAGGAAUAUCUGUGUGUCAUUGAGGGAGUCUGGAGAACUGCAGCUGUGGUCCUCAGAUGGUAUCUGCAUCAGUUCGCUGUUUCUUCAAGCUGAGGUGACAAGUCUAGCCUGCUGUCCUAUUGCACAUUACGCAGCUGUUGGAACAGCCUCAGGAAACGUUCUCUUCAUUGACCUGAAUGAUGAGCAGCAGCCUCGCCUGGUGCACCAGGUUCAGCUCUACCACACUGCUGUGGAUCAACUAGUCUUUGAUCAAGAGGGUCACUACCUUCUCACCACUGCCUCAGAUUCACAUAUUUAUGUCAUUGAUGCAAAGCCUUCGACAUUGUUUUCAGUCAUAGGAUACACAGUUAUUCCUGGACGUAUUUUGUCACUUUCCACUCAGUACAUCAGGGACUGUCAGAAGGUCAAAGUUCUUACACUGUGUGCUGGACAAGAGGACAGAAAUCAGGAAGGCAGUCUGCUCACAGUGCUCUGUCUGCCUACAGGGAACCUUGCAGGUCCAGAUUGUGUAGAUCAACAUGGGUGUCUGUCCACUCGCUUCCUCGAAGUAUUCAGAUACAAAGUGCAUCAUCCACUUACAUCCUGUGUUCUGGGAGUCAGUGAAGUCUUCGCUUACUGCCACAAGAAUAAAACACUCCAGCGAUUUCAGCUUCCUGAGGUCACAGACCAUUUCUCCAGCCAACAGGUGGUCGAGCUGAAACCAAACCAGGAAGUGAGAGGUCAUCUGCUGGGCCCUGCCUCUCUCGUUUUGUCUCCUCAUCGCUUAUGGUUGGCUUCUGUAGGCCAAGAUGGUUUACUACGGAUUAGAGAAACUGCUUGCAUGGAUCGGUACAUCGAGCUUCAAUGUCAUUCGUUCCGUCUUGGUGGAGUCCAGAGUGUGUCUUUCUCCGCAGACGGCCUCACACUCCUCACCACCGGCUUCAAAGAUGGCUCUCUUUUCUGUAUGAGUCUCAGAAUUAAAGAUGUGGAUACUGGCAAGGUGAAUGAAGCUACUCAAUACAGUCAAUCUAUGGCACAUUUGUUGAAGAACAUAUUCAAUGCAGAAAACCCCGUCCUCAUUGGCUUUCCUGUGUGGGGCCAAGAAACUCCUGCCAGCGCUGAAAAACCAGAGGAACGUGAGGUCAGUGGAGGAACGUCUGUGGAUGUGACCGAACAAGAUGAGAGUUAUAGCAGCCUGCCGUGUGCUCCCCCUUCACAUCCCACCUGGCUGGAACGCAGGCGAGAGGCAAUUAUAAAAGAAGACAAUGAGAAAUAUUCUGAGACGAAGAAAAACCUGAGAGACGCCAUCAAAGAGUUACGUGAUGCUAUCCAGGAGAUGGUACGUGAAAAUGAGAACCUCCCAGAGCAACACUUCAACCUGGAUGUUGAGGAGCAGAGGAGACUUGAGGCCAUGGUGGAGCAGGAGGUCACAAAGGUGAGGUCGGACAUUGAAUGGGACAUUAUAGAAAAAUGUUACCUCCGUGACGUCCUAAAGAGAGAAUGCUGGGAUUCUGUGAAGGUCAAAGGCAGAGCCAUUAAGGCCUUUCACUCCGAAAUUGAGGUGCAGAACUUUCCCCUGAAAGAGUACACAGAGAAAGAGUUGGAGAACCUUCGCCGGGUGGAGAACAUCAGGAAGCUUGAAAAGGCUGCCUGCACCCUGCAGCUCAGCACCCUGAAGAAAAGCGCACAAGAGGAAGAGCAGGGCAGGGAAGGCCACGAGGCAGAGAACGCUGCUCUGACAGGAAGCUUCUCCUCUCAGUUGGGAUUUUCAAACCCUUACAUCUACGAUCAAUUCAGCCUGCAAACCACAGAACAGCGGAUCAACCAGAUAACUUUGCUACAGGAUGUGAUUUAUCGCAUCAAGACGGCCUUCAACGCUGACUUUGAGGUGCUGCACAGGCAGAAGGUGCAGGAGCUCAAACGUGUGAAAGACAGGAACAGACUGAUCAGGGAAAUGAUGCUGGAGCUGGACAUAAACAUGGAGCUGUGGGAGCCGAGCCUGACCGACAGCGAGUGGCCAGAGAGGCUGCUCACCGUGGACGACUCUGAGAUUAAAGCAGAAAAGUACCUCACCCCAGAACAGAAAAAGGAGGAAGAGAGGAGGAAGCUGGAAGAGCAAAAUCGUUUGGCUGCACAAGAUGAUGAUUGUAGAGAAAGAGCUCUGGAUGACAUGAUGGAAGGAGUGCUUGAAGUGAAAAAGAAGGACAUCUUGAAAAUGGAAAUACCUCCGCCUGAGUUUGUUUUAACCAAAGCUGACACUGACUGGAGUGAGGAGGAGAAAAAAGUCUUCAGAGAGUAUGAAAAGAAAAUGAAAGACCUCAAUGAGGAAAAGGAAAAAUACAAAAAGGCACUGAAAAUUGAAAUGAAAAAACUGCAAGACGCCACUAAGGACGCGGCUGAAGAGUUUGAUGAAACUUUAAAAAAGUUGUUGGAGAAGAAAAUAAACUAUACGGUAGCUAUAUACCAGGAAGAGCUCAAGAUUACCUGUCUCGUUGAUUCAGUUCUCAUAGAAGAGGAGAUGACAAAUCGAGAGCAGGAGCUCAAGCUCAAACUUGAAAAAAUGUUGGCAUACAAGGAUGUAACUGGAGAGGAGUUAAAGAGGCAUGAACACCAAGUAGAGUCAUUUCAUGAGGCUUAUGACAGGCUUGUAGCACAGGACAAACUUCUAGACAAAGACUUCAAAAAGGAGUUCCCUGAUGUCCCAGACCAAGUGGCUGAUUCUCUCUAUAAGCUGUUUAAACGUAGACCCAGGGUGCAAAAGAUUAGGACUCAGACCGACAACACCUCCAAACCGUCUAAAGAGCCUCGUCUGUGUGGUUCUCUGGCGCCUGAUGGGUUCGGCAAAAUGCUUAAGGCCAUGGAGGAGCUGGAUGCUCCUGAAAAUAUACCAGAGGGCUUGAAACCAUCGAUUUGGGAGAGGUUCUGUCAUGUCCGCCGAGCAAAAGUAGAGAGCGAGCAAAAGGUUAAAAUGAGAGCUCUGACUCUUGCUGAGAUGCAGGCGUUCCUACAGAGGAGGAGAGAUGAGGAUAAGGCGGCCCAACAGGAAACUAAAAAUCUCUCUGAAGCACUCGAAAGUCUGCAUAAAGAGAAGAACCAAAACCUGAUGGACACUAUGGUCCAGCUCAUACUAAAACAGGGCCAGCUGGAGGUAUCCACCACAGACCUGACUGCUGGAUGCACUGGCUUCAUUCUUUACCCUAGGAGUGUUGUAGACGACCUCAGAAAAGAAAUCAGGACACUUGCAGAGCAGAAGAUCGCCUCCAUGGUGAGGUACAAAAAUGUCCGUAAGGACCUGAUCCAGCUGGAGUGGCAGCACAAGGUGAUGAGGAAGCAGAUAAACGAUCUCAACGAGAAGGCGAGAGGCAUCAAGAUGUUACGACUGUCGGGGGAGCAACAGGACAUGGCUUAUCUCAGCAAGAUGGCUCAAGACAGUCGCAUGUCAGAGCAAGUUUCCAGUUUGGAGAAAAGUAUAGCUUUAAUGGAAAAGACUCAUCUACAAAACGUGCAGCAACGCAUAAAAAAGACCGAACGGAUUAACAGGCAGGCAUCGAUGAAAGCUGAGAAGAACUUAGUUUACGAACAGCAGCUUCCUGACAUGCAGGUGACUGUGGCCGAGUUAAGACACAUCUGUGGAGCGACAGCUUUAGAGGACAACAAGGCAGCUGAAGCAGAAGAGCGCUACCGUGAAAUUGUUAAGAAGAGCAACUUGGAGGACCUCGCCCGAGCGCAGGCAGAAGACCUGGAUUUCCUGUGGGCAGAAGUUGAGCGUCUGACAAAGAAGAACUUUCCUUCACUGGAUCAGCUGAAACACCACUGAGCAAAGACUUCAGUUCAACAGAUAACUAAUUUAUUUACAUUUUUCUUAGCAAGUAAAACUGAACAUGACAUGUGUAACUUAAGCUGUGAAUGCAAACUGUAGCAGCAACAAGUAAAACUGAUAACUGAG